AUGAGCACGUCCGACAUCGCGCUCGAGCGCAUCCCGCCCCACUCCGAAAGCUCUUACUCUCCCGAGUCGCCGUACGCCUCCGCCCCGGGUCCCUCCAUAGCUCAAACACCCGACAGCGGCUCGACCAAGCAAGCGCGCGAUGAGAUCGAGCCGCCAGCCUCCCCCGUCUUGACCGACCGGGAGGUAGUGCCGCUCGCAAAGGCCGACUACGGUCGCGAGGCGUGGCUCUUCCUCAUUGCCGGCACGGUGAUCGAGACGACCGUGUGGGGCCUCCUAAACGCCGUAGGAGUGCUCGAACACUACUGGGCCGAGGAGCAGUUCCCAGGCCAUCACGACACCGUCACCGUCGCAAUCGCGCUGAUGAACGGUCUGUCGUUCCUCGGCGUAGGGUUUGUCGGCCCUCUCCUCACGACCUUUCCGCAAUGGAGCAAGGGCGCGCAAAUCGUCGGCCUCGUCAUCUCCACUGCCGGGCUGAUUGGCGCAGCCUUCGCCACUAGCCCAACACAGCUCAUCGGGACUGUAGGCGUGUUAUACCCCUUCUCAGCAGCUCUAUACCUCCCCUGCGCGACGCUAGUGUAUGAGUGGUUCUACGAACGGCGCGGUCUGGCCACUGGUAUCAUGUUCGCCGGUACGGGCGUGGGCGGUACUGUCUUCCCGUUCCUCCUCGACGGUCUCCUCAAACGCUUCGGUCACAAGGCGACGAUGAUAUCCUUCGGUGUUGGCUAUGCGAUCCUCAACUCGAUAUCGCUGAUCUUCAUCCGCCGCCGAGUGCCGCUCGGUGGUGCGGUCGUGCGUCGCCGUCCAAAGGUCGAAUGGCGGCACUUUGCGACGUGGACGUUCGCGUGCGGAUUCCUCGUCAUCCUCCUGAGCAGCAUGGGCAACUUUACACCCACCCUCUGGAUUCCCACGUUUGCGGACAAGGUCGGUGCCCAUAAGCCUGGUGGUGUCGCCCUCGUCGCCAUCAUGAACGUUCCUGGCAACCUCGUCAUGGGCUGGGUCUCAGACCGCGUGCCCACCAAAGUGAUGAUCAUGAUCAUUUGCUUUGGCGGCGCCAUUGGCGUACUCCUCCCAUGGGGAUUGGGGACGACUUCGGGCCCACUGGUCGUCUUUGCUCUCAUCUGGGGCCUGACGGCUCUUAGCAUGCCCAGCAUCUGGAGCAGGAUCAUCACUCCGAUCUGCCAGAAUGAUGCGACCCUCCCAGCCCUCGUGUUCAGCAUCUUCGCCAGUCUUCGAGGUGUCGGCAACGUCACCGCCGGGCCGAUCAGUAACAAGCUCCUCAAGGUGGACGCGUUUCGCGGCGCGGCCGGGGCAUACGGAACGAACUUUGGCGCAGUACUGGUGUACACAGCCGUCACGACGUUCGCGGGCGGCGUCUUCGGGGCGCUGUUCCCCGCUUAA